AGGAGGGGAGUACUUUAUAUUUUCUUAGUAUGGCUAAAAUUUAGGGCGUACUCAGCUACCGUUGACUUUGAAAGUGCACAGAAGGAAGAAGCAGAGCAUAAGGAUAAGUUGGGUUUUGAGUCUAAACUGAAACUAUAUGCGCUUUACAAUCAGGCUCUCUUUGGUGAUGUAGUUGGCAAUCGCCCAUCCGUUUACGAGUUCCAAGAACGUGCAAGAUAUGAUGCUUGGAAAGCACUAUCAGGUGUUUCCAAAGAAGAGGCAGAAAAAAUGUACGUCGAAUUUGUUUCCUCAGUAGUGGGUGAAUUAAAGAAUCAAGAUUUUCCACCUGGCUUAUCUUCGGAACCUAAAAAUGUUCCGGGACUGAAAUUAAUAACGAAAAAUCAUGGUUUAAAUAUUAUUUUGGACCGACCAGACAAGUACAACGCCUUGACGUUAGAGGUAUUUUAUAAAAUUUUUUAUUUAGGUUCGGGGGAUUAUUUUUGUAGUGGUAAUGAUCUGAGUAACCUCAUGCGCUUUUUUGGUUCUGAUAAUUUUGAUCGCUUUGCCAGCGAAACUGCAACAAUGUUUGAAAAUUACGUCAGAGCCUUUAUUGAACUAAACAAACCCCUACUUGUUUUUGUCAAUGGACCUGCCGUCGGAAUCGCUGUAACGACACUUGCUUUGGCUGAUUAUGUCCUUGCCUCUGACAGAGCUACCUUUCAUACUCCAUUCACCGCUCUUGGGAUAUCACCAGAAGGUUGUUCCACUUACACUUUCCCUCUGCUUAUGGGGUCUUUAAAGAGCGCAGAGAUGCUGAUAUUUGGUCAGAAAAUAUCGGCACAUGAAGCUUUGGAAAGGAAUUUGGUGAACAGAGUCGUAUCUGCAGACUCAUCUGCAGCAGAAUUUCAGGAUAUAGUCGACUACGUCUUACGGUUACCUUCUGAUCCACUGAGGUUGAAUAAGAGUCUUCUAAGAAGUGUCCAUAAACAAGCUUUACUGCUGUUUAAUGAAAAUGAAGUGAACUUGUUGAAGCAAAGAUGGAUGAGCAAGGAAUGCACAGAUGCAAUAAAUAACUUUCUUCAAAAAAGCGAAACUAAACUUUAG